AUGAUUGCAGCUGCUUUAAUAGUACUACCGCAUUUAAGUGGGAUCAUUGCUCAAUAUUUAACAAGGAAUCAGAAAAAGGAAAUUUAUGCAUGUGUCAAAAGGCCCAAAUGGAAUCCAUCUUUCUGGAUAGCGACCUUAACUUGGGCAGCUUUAUACACCUGUAUUGGGAUUGCAUCCUACUUAACUUGGAUUGAUGGCCAAGGACUACAAGGUGCAGCUAAAUUUCCAUUAUGCAUUUAUGCACUUAUUGUACUCCUCAACCUUUCAUGGCAGCUAUGUUAUUACAAUAUCCAAAGCUUAACAAUGGCUGCUUUAAAUCUUAUAGUCUUAACUGGUGUAAGUGGCUAUUGCGCAAUUUUAUUUCUACCUAUCAAUGAGAUGGCGUUCUAUUUGGUACUGCCGUACGUUGUUUGGAUUGCUUUCAUGAGCUUACUUCAUAUUACUAUUUGGUCCAUGAAUAGAGUUCGUACAAAACUAGAAUGA